AUGUGCCAGGCUGUUGCUGAUAUAAUUCGUACAACCUUGGGACCCAGGUCCAUGCUAAAAAUGCUACUUGAUGCAGGGGGAGGUAUUGUGGUGACAAAUGAUGGAAAUGCUAUCUUGCGUGAAAUGGAUCUUGCUCAUCCUGCUGCAAAGGAUUUAGCUAUUGAUGCUACUACCACAGUAGAUAUUGAUCUUGGCCUUGGUUUGAGAGAUGUAGAUAUUAAAAAUUAUAUAAAGGUUGAGAAGGUCCCUGGUGGGCAGCUGGAGGAUUCAAGGGUUCUUAAAGGAGUUAUGAUAAACAAAGAUGUUGUUGCCCCUGGCAAGAUGAAAAGAAAGAUUGUUAAUCCACGUGUCAUUCUUCUUGAUUGUCCCCUUGAGUAUAAAAAGGGUGAAAAUCAAACAAAUGCUGAACUGCUCAAAGAAGAAGACUGGAGUCUUUUGUUGAGGAUCGAAGAAGAAUACAUUGAGGAGCUCUGCAUGCAGAUAUUGAAGUUCAAACCAGAUUUGGUGAUUACAGAGAAAGGCCUUAGUGAUAUGGCAUGCCAUUUUCUGAGUAAGCAUGGAGUUAGUGCAAUCAGAAGACUGAGGAAAACUGAUAAUAAUAGAAUUGCAAAAGCAUGUGGUGCUGUUAUUGUGAACAGACCAGAUGAAUUACAGGAGGCUGAUGUUGGUAUUGGUGCCGGGUUAUUUGAAGUUAAGAAAAUUGGAGAUGAAUUUUUUGCAUUUAUUGUUGAAUGCAAAGACCCGAAGGCUUGCACUGUACUACUGAGGGGUGCUAGCAAGGAUCUCCUAAAUGAAGUUGAAAGAAACCUCACGGAUGCCAUGUCUGUAGCAAGGAAUAUAAUAAAAAAUCCAAAACUUGUUCCUGGAGGUGGUGCUUCUGAGUUGACUGUAUCAGCCACGUUGAAGCAGAAGAGUUCAUCUGUUCAAGGUAUUGAGAAGUGGCCUUAUGAAGCUGCUGCCAUUGCUUUUGAGGCGAUCCCCCGUACUUUGGCACAAAAUUGUGGAGUAAAUGUCAUCCGCACUAUGACUGCACUACAAGGAAAAGUAAGAGUUUUUGCUGUUGCAGCUAUCUGGGAUGCAUACAACGUGAAAGCACAAACAUUUAAGACUGCCAUUGAAGCUGCUUGCAUGCUUCUGCGGAUUGAUGAUAUAGUGAGCGGUAUUAAGAAGAGGCAGGCCCCUGGAACCGGCCAGGCACCUUCAAAGCCCAAGGUUGAGACCGAGGCAGAUGCUGACAGUGAGCAAAUACUCCCUGAUUGA